AGUCUGCUGUCAUUGAACCCCCGUAUCAAACCUCAUGCGAACUUGGUAACGACAUCUCAGACCAAGAAGAAUAAAAAGCACUGGAAAAGGAAUGCCGGAAAAUCAUGCGGGGAUUGCGACAGUUUACAAAACAACUUUGAUGACAUCAAACACACGACACUGAGUGAGCGUGGUGCGCUGCGCGAGGCUGCCCGUUGCUUGAAGUGUGCGGAUGCGCCCUGUCAAAAGAGCUGUCCUACACAACUUGAUGUCAAGUCGUUUAUCACCAGCAUUGCUAACAAGAACUAUUAUGGAUCCGCCAAAGCGAUUCUAUCGGACAAUCCCCUGGGCCUGACUUGUGGGAUGGUCUGCCCAACCAGCGAUUUGUGCGUGGGAGGAUGUAAUUUAUUCGCAUCGGAGGAAGGCCCGAUCAAUAUUGGUGGACUACAACAGUUUGCAGUGGAGGUCUUUAAGACAAUGAAGAUACCACAGAUAAGGGAUCCUAGUCAGCCUCCAAUAUCUGAUUUACCAGAGAGCUUCCAGAGCAAAAUUGCCCUUAUUGGGUGUGGACCAGCCAGUGUAAGUUGUGCUACGUUUCUUGCUAGAAUGGGCUACUCCGACCUCACAAUAUUUGAGAAAGAAGAAUACAUUGGCGGUCUAAGUUCCUCCGAGAUUCCACAGUUCCGUCUUCCAUAUGAUGUUGUGUCGUUUGAAGUUGACCUCAUGAAAGACCUUGGAGUAAAGAUAGAAUUUGGCAAAGGUGUUGGAAUGGAUGGCCUGACACUAGAUUCAUUACGUAAUCAGAAGUACGAGGCAGUGUUCCUUGGAAUUGGACUCCCAGAAGCAAAGCGAGCGCAAAUAUUCGACGGCCUAACAGUGCAGAAUGGGUUUUACACCUCCAAAGACUUCCUACCUCUUGUCUCAAGUGCCAGUAAACCAGGAAUGUGCUCAUGUAAGAAACAGCUUCCUCAACUCCAUGGCAACGUGAUUGUAUUGGGUGCUGGUGAUACCGCCUUUGAUUGUGCAACUUCAGCCCUACGAUGUGGAGCUAAGAGGGUGUUCAUUGUGUUCCGAAAAGGGUUCACCACAAUCAGAGCGGUGCCUGAAGAGAUGGAACUGGCUAAAGAGGAGAAGUGUGAGUUCAUGCCGUUCUUAUCACCACGUCAAGUUUUACGUAAAGGAGACAGAAUCACUGGCUUGGAACUAUGUCGCACCGAGCAGAAGGAUGACGGAACUUGGUUUGAGGAUGAGGAGCAGAUCGUACGACUCAAGACAGAUUACAUUAUCUCGGCGUUUGGAUCGACCUUACUUAACACUGAAGUUAAGAAGGCAAUGCACCCAAUAAAACUGAACCAGUGGGGUUUGCCAAGUGUAGAUAUGGGGACAAUGCAGACCUCGGAACCCUGGGUGUUUUGUGGGGGCGAUUUAGCCGGAGUUGCACAGACCACUGUGGAGUCUGUUAACGAUGGUAAAACAGCUGCCUGGUUCAUGCACAAAUACUUGCAGUCACUGCAUGGCUUACCAGUGCCAGCAACUCCAGCAUUGCCAAAAUUUUUUACUGCCAUUGAUAGCGUAGACCUGAGUGUGGAGAUCUGUGGCUUGAAGUUCCCAAAUCCAUUCGGCCUGGCUAGCGCUCCGCCAACCACUACCAUGGCUAUGAUGAGACGUGGUUUUGAAGCUGGUUGGGGCUUUGCUCUCACAAAGACAUUCAGCUUGGAUAAGGAUAUUGUGACAAAUGUUUCUCCAAGAAUUGUCCGUGGAACAACUUCAGGUCAUAUUUUUGGACCUGGACAAGGUGCGUUUCUAAACAUUGAGUUAAUCAGUGAGAAGACAGCUGCUUAUUGGUGCCAAGGUGUUGCUGAACUGAAGCCAGACUUCCCAGAUAGAAUCAUCAUAGCAAGUAUCAUGUGUGGCUAUAACAAGGAUGACUGGACUAAGCUUGCCAAGAUGGCCGAGGAUGCUGGAGCUGAUGCACUGGAGCUAAACCUUUCUUGCCCCCAUGGAAUGGGAGAACGUGGCAUGGGCCUGGCAUGUGGACAGGAUCCAGAGUUGGUCCUCAAUAUAUGUCGCUGGGUUCGGGCUGCCAUCAAGGUGCCGUUCUUUGCCAAACUGACCCCCAACGUCACCAAUAUUGUGAAUAUUGCAACUGCAGCGCACGAAGGUGGUGCUGAUGGUGUGACAGCUACCAACACCGUGUCCGGACUAAUGGGGCUGAGAGCAAAUGGAAAAGCAUGGCCAGCCGUCGGUAAGGAAGGUAGAACAACUUACGGAGGCAUGUCUGGUAAUGCCAUUAGACCAAUCGCAUUGCGUGCAGUAUCCGCCAUAGCUAGGGCAUUACCAGGUUUUCCAAUUCUGGCAACAGGUGGCAUUGAUUCUGCAGAGGCGGGUCUCCAGUUCUUGCAUAGUGGAGCUUCAGUUUUGCAGGUCUGCAGCUCAAUUCAGAACCAAGAUUUCACUGUCAUCGAUGACUACAUCACUGGGCUGAAAGCUCUACUUUACCUGGAGAGCCUUGAUGAAAUGAGUGACUGGGAUGGACAGAGCCCACCAACAAUGAGACAUCAGAAAGGAAAGCAAAUACCAAAGAUUAGUGAUAUUAUUGGAAAGCACCUGCCGUCCUUUGGUCCAUACUUGGAGGAACGUAAGAAGUUAGUGACACAACAUAAAAAGACCGUGGAACUCUGUGAUGAUGAUUUGGAACCAGAACCACCGAGUCUUAAAAAGAAACCAGUGCCAACUGUAAAGGAUGUAAUUGGCCGUGCCCUGUCACAGAUAGGAACCUAUGGCGACUUGAAUAACAAAGAACAAGUCGUGGCGCUGAUCGACGAAGAAAUGUGUAUUAACUGCGGCAAGUGUUACAUGACUUGCAACGACAGCGGCUACCAGUCCAUCAAGUUUGACCCAGAGACCCAUUUACCUCAUGUGACCCAAGACUGCACAGGAUGCACCCUGUGUGUCAGUGUCUGUCCCAUCAUCGACUGCAUCACAAUGGUGCCUCGCCCCACACCUUACAUACCUAACAGGGGAAUUCCCCUUGCGGUUACACCAAUAGCUUAAGUGUUUGACUUUGAAUGAUUGAUAGUGUCAUGUUUUCAAUACCUUUUUUAGACAAAUCCCCUUGCCUUUUUAAGUUAAAAGUAUGAACCAAGAAUUGGAUAUUGCUUGCCUUUAGGCAGUAUCCCAAUAGUGUCGUGGCCCUAUCAUUAUAUACCUAUAUUAGGGGAAUCCCCACAAAUCACGCCAGUAAAUUUGCACCAUGUGUGUCGUGUUGUUCUGCUAUCCUUAAACAGUAUACUUAAUAGGGGAAUUCCCUUGUAGUUACACUAUUGCUUUGAGUUUAAAGUAUAUUUUUGUGUACAUUGAAUCCAAUAUCUGUAAAUAAAUACUAUAUUAGUACAGGAUAUUAUUGCUUGCCUACAGACAACAUCCAAAUGUCUGUAAUCUUAUAUACUAUUAGGGAGUGCCCACAAACCACACUAGUGCUUUAAGCUUAAAAAUACAUUACGUGGCACUGAAUUCAAGAACCAAGCAUUAAACAAACAAAAAAACAAAAAAAAACAGUGCCUUAAAAUUAAGUUUCAGUAGAAAUAUUCAACCCAUGAACAUAGAAAGAGGGGUUCUCCUUGAAGUAAUAUUUUAUGGCCUUUUUCUGCAAUAAUAAACUUCCUCAUUUAUUAUUUUUGUUUUUUAAAUACCGUAAUUGAAAAAGAAUUUUAAUCAUUUGUGUUUGUAAGUAAAAUAGUCUUCAUUGGGAAAAUAUAUAUAAACUAUGCUUGGGUUGAAAAGACUUGGAGAGUAUUUUUCUAUGGUUAAAAAUUAUCGACAUUUUAAUAUUACAGAUUUGCCACAAAGAAAAAUUCAGAGCAUUUGUGGGAACUCAUAUGUGAGGUGUCUCCACAAAAUGAAUAUCAUGGUUAGAAAAUCAAAAAUUGAGUUUAUAUUAUAUUUGGGUAGAUCAAAUUAUAAGCUAUAAUUUGGUCUUUGAAUGGCUUCCCUAGGAUAAAUAGAUCCAGAGAUGUGAGCAUUUAAAGUUUAGGUGUACGAGAACCAUGUUUUGAGAAAAUCGGUCUCAAAGAUAACCUCUACAAAUAAUAAGACUAGAAUUACAGAAUAUGCGCAGAGAACAAACACUGUUUUAGUAAGAAAAUUCCUAAUUCUUAAAAAAGUAUAUAAUCAUAAAAUAUAAGUAUCAAGUUAUUUUAAAAUAUUAAAAUCAACAUUUUGUAAAAAUUUUGAAGUUGACUUAUGUUGGUGAAUAUCUCAAUAUGAUUUCACCAACGAUGAUGCAUUUCAUUUUGUAGUGAGACCUCACAUAUGAAACAUGCAGGGACCUGGAUUGGGACAUUUCUGUCUGUCAAUAUUUAAACCAUAAUUUGUUCUGAGAAAUUUAGUAUAAAUCAUGUUUUUCUAUACACCAGUUUAGCCGACUGAGCUAAGCUGCUCUCUAUGUUUCAUAGUCUUGUUGAAAUGAUGAAGAAAUGGAUAAGCCCAUAAACUGGCGGCUCUCCAACUUUUAGCAGACAACCCAAACAAACGUUCAGGCAAUUUGCUGCGACACACUUUCAUUGGGACAUUUAAAAAAAAAACGUUACUCAAUAUGAAUCAUUAACUGGUAAACAAAAAUUUAAGCUAAAAAAUUUAAGAAUUGCUGUUGUAAGUAUUAUAUAAAUUCCCAUAAUUUUUACCAAUAACAAAAUCACAUAGACUUCCAUUACAGUGAGACAGUAACUAAUCGGCGCUAAAUUAUAUUAGGCAUAUAUUGUUAGAUGUGCUGUAUAGUACAAUACAUAUUCUUUUAUAUAAAGUAUAUAAAUUAUUCUAUUAAGAAACAGACUGCUUAUAAAAGUCAUUGAAAUAACCCAUUAAUUAAAUUGCUGCUGAAAUAUUUGUUUUUGAAUAAUUACUAUAAAUUGAGGUUAUUAUGUUAAUGUUAGAAGCCUGUUUUAUAGGCCAAUGUAAAUAUGCUUUACUGCAGACCAUAUUAAUAUCACUAUUUUUUUUUUUCAGAUAGCUUAGAUAGAAUUUGAGGAUUGCCAUCUCACAACCAGAGUACUGUCACCAAGUGUUAAAACAGUAAUUAGUAAAAGAAUGUGGCAUUAUUGUAAACUUUAGUGCAAGUACAGAAAAGCUGUAAUACUUUUUCUUGGCAAUAGUAAAUUAAUUCAAAUGACCCAUCAUUUAAAAGUGCAUGUCACUGGUGCUGGCUUUGCCAUAGCAAGCCCAAUUUAAUUAGUUCACAGUAAUGUAUGUUAUCCACGGCAUUGUGGUUGGCUGAUUGUGCUACAUCAAAAUUUUUCAAUAAAAUUCUUUUUUUUUUUUUUCCAAUAAAACGGUCAUUGUCUUCCAUUUUAAAAGCACUAUAAUUAAUUGUUACACUUGUUACAUACAUAUUUUUUAUAACAGUACAUAAUACAUAUUAAUAUUAAUGAUUGUAUGUAAUUUCAACACACAACAAAAUUUAAUUAAAUUAAUAUUUUAAGUUUAAAAAUUAAGGGUUUUCGUUUUAAUAUGUAAAGGUAUUUAGGUUCAAGAAUGAGUUGUAUCAUUUGGUGAGACUGUAAUUUCCAAUUUCUUGAUUGUUAUUUUAAGAUUGUAUAUUAAAUUUUUGUUUGCAGUUUCCUGCUCAUUUAAUGUAAUCAUUAGUUCCUUAUAUUUCUUGGACAGCUAACACUAACACACUUUAUUAUUGACUAUAUUUCUAUUGUCCUGAACUGAAUGAGUUGUAUCAUUUGGUUGAUACCGUAAUUUCCAAUUUCUUGAUUGUUAUUUUAAGAUUGUAUAUUAAAUUUUUGUUUGCAGUUUCUUGCUCA